CACACCGAAAUGACUACAGCAUUCCCAAAGCCCUCCUGGGCCUUGAAGAAAGCAAUUCUCGUUGAAUAUCCCACCAAGCGCAGUCGAAAGGUACAAAGUGGUACAGCCCACCACCGAAACACUUUUCCCAGAAUCCUUUUUGGCGGAACUCCCAGCCCAGACGCAUUGUAUCUCGACGGUCGUAACACUGACACUUCAGCUGCAUGAAAUGGGUACUGUUGCCGGACCGCCUCUCAUCCAGCCCCCGGAUCAAGAAGACCACAAUCUCGCCGCGUUUGAAAUGAUCUGCAAAUCUAGUUCACUCUAUAUACACUUUACCCAGCGACAAUUCAACAACGGUGAACUCGAUCGGCUCAAGACUUUCUUCUUCACACUAAAAGAAGGACUCCGGCCGAAGGUUUUCAACCAUGCGCGCAAAGGCAGAAUCGAGCGAGAUGGCCAUGUCUUUGGGAAGAUGCUUGAUCCUCCCCCAUACUCUGAGGAAUCCGAGCCCGAACAGACGAAGAAGGGAGAGGACCUACCCUCAUACAAAAGCCACUUAAAAGGAGUGCACGUGGGUGGAAAACGGCGCCGAGACCACUCCUCAAUACCACCCGAGGAUGACAGACGAACAAGACAUGUUCUUACAUCUCCAGAACCCUCGUGUUAUUCCACCGAACCCAAUACACCGAGCAUUCCAUCCCCAGUAUCGGCCUCAAUCCAGCCCACCCACUUUACGCGUGCUUCAUCCCUUGACCGCAUAGAACACGAUACCCUUGCACGUAUUGAGAAUCUGCUCCAGGGGGCUUCCAACAAUCUCAUCCGCCACCUAUUGACUCGCCUGGGAUGCCGCUGCCAGCGGCCUACCCCUGCACCCGUAGAGAGCUGGAACCUGUCAUCCAAACCCGAGAAAGAGCGGAUCGAUCCGAAUGUCCAAGCAUACAUCGACCGGGCGAUUGCGGCCCACUUCCAAUCGGACAACAUCCAGACGGUCUUCGAGAACAUGGUGAGCAAGGGGGUGGACCAGGUCUUCGACGCCUGUAAAAUGCACGAGACCGAGUUCCGCGAGCAGGUCGAGGAGUGUAAUAUCGAGGUCCGCAUGACAGCCAACGAGUGUGUGAAGGAGAUCCAAGAGCAGGCACAACAGUGCCUGGACGAGAUCGAUGAACAGGUGCAACAGUGCAAGGACGAUCUCAAGGUUCAGGGAGAGGAGGUCGAGAUGUCUGCGGAGGAGGCAGAAAUUGCUCGGUUACGGCGCUGGUUUGACAUCGUCUCGGCCCAGGCCCGACCCUUCGGUAGCUGCAAGUCAAGCCUUCAGGCUCGCCAUGAGCUCGGCACUGCUGCUAGUAAUGUCCGACGCAGCUCUUUCUGAGUUAGGUGGUUGCGUGGUGGUUCACACCGUGCUUAUGCAUGUCAUUGAGCAUUGCUGUCCUGUACUGCACUUAAUCCCUAUCGUUACUGACUGCCCCUGCAAUCAUCUCAGUCUACAGAUAUUGUACUGUACCUGAGCUACUUUGUAUAUAGUGCUAAAGUGAGAGAGUAA